AUGGAAGAAUCCAUGGCAGCUUUUUAUACCGCGGAAGUAUGUCUAGCGUUGGAAUACCUUCACUCCCAUGGAAUCGUACACAGAGAUUUAAAGCCAGACAAUAUGCNGACAGAUGAUGAGAAUGCAAGUAAGAUCAACAAUGACAUUGGAUGUGAACAGGAGAUUCCGUACGGGGUGUGUACACCGCAGCAAGCAUCGACUAGUAGACAAAUCGACAAUUCUAUUUUUAAUACCAUAUCUAAAAUCGUGAAUCCUGCAGCAAAGGUACCAGAGAUUCAGGAUUUCAAAAUUGUAAAGCCUAUAAGCCGUGGAGCAUUUGGUAAAGUAUUCCUUGGGUACAACAAAUCUAAUCCUGAGAAAGUAUAUGCAAUCAAAGUGAUGAAGAAAAAUGAGAUGAUCAACAAAAACAUGGCCUCGCAAGUAAUAAUAGAGCGAAAUGCAUUGGCCAUAACUCAUAGUCCAUAUUGCGUACAAUUAUUUUAUUCGUUGCAAUCUGUACGCAGUGUCUACUUAGUAAUGGAGUACAUGGUGGGCGGAGAUCUUAAGAGUUUGUUGGGUGUGUAUGGCUAUAUGGAAGAAUCCAUGGCAGCUUUUUAUACCGCGGAAGUAUGUCUAGCGUUGGAAUACCUUCACUCCCAUGGAAUCGUACACAGAGAUUUAAAGCCAGACAAUAUGCUUUUGUCACGAGAAGGGCAUGUCAAGCUGACAGACUUUGGACUGAGUAACAUAUCUUUGCAUAGAGAUCUCGAAAUAUCUGAUUUAGUAAAUUGUACACCCAGCCUUUGUACAAGAACACCUGGACAGCUUCUGUCGUUGACUUCUCACUUAUCUUUUGGUUCUGUACAGAAAUCUGCAAAUGAUUCGAACGUCAGUGAAGGAAGCACGCCAGGCAUCAACUUGCUGCCUGCCUUACAACGAAAUUGCAAUAAGUUCCAGUCAUCGCCGAACUCGGUUAUUUCUUCUGCUGUGUCGGGAGACUACUCUCGAGUAUCUGGUAUUACUCAUAGUCCGUAUUGCCGGUUGCUGAUCAUCUCCGGGCACAGUUCAGCCACCGGCGAAGGAAAGGGUGACUAG